AUGUCUUCAACUUGUAUCUCAGCUCGUUUUUUGGGAAAACUUCCUUUUCUUUUGUGGCAUUUCACAGAGAGUGAUUUUGCAACCUUUGUCCUCCCCAAUACAGCUUGUGGCCUGUUUUCUGCCCUAGUGGCUCCUUUAUUGACGACGCACAACGAUCACAUCCCACUUGAAUCAAUAGUUUUAUAUGCACUUCCCCGCGUACUGCUAUUCAACUGGGCCAAUGUAUUCGUAUUCGACUUAGCCAAUCAACGGCUGCCCGAGUCCCAAGAAGAGGAUCGACUCAACAAGCCUUGGCGUCCUCUAGUCGCAAAGGGAAUAACUGCGGAUGACACAAGGCAAUUGAUGCUCCUGGCAAUUCCGACAACCCUUGGAAUAAGCUACUCACUGGGUACUGGACACGAAUGUGCCUGGCUCUUGAUCCUUACUUGGCUCUACAACGAUUUAAAAGGUGGAGAUGGGCUCGCUCGUGAUGGUAUCAUUGCAAUCGGAUACUUUCUAUAUCUCUCCAGCUCCCUGAAGAUUGCAAUCGGCGCACCUCAGUAUGGCCUAUCCGAAAAUGGCUAUUUUUGGAUGGCUAUCCAGGCCGCUAUUAUUUUCACGACGAUGCAAGUUCAAGAUCUCAAGGACCAGGUGGGGGACCAAAGUCGAGGACGGCAGACCUUGCCGAUUGUCCUAGGCGAUACGGUCUCAAGAUGGUCAAUCACUGGAUUUGUCCUCUUUUGGAGCAUCGCUUGCGCAUCGUUUUGGGGGCUGCAAACAUGGGUCUUUAGUGUGCCUGUCGUUAUGGGGCUUUGGGUUGCAUUUCAUGUGCUCAAGAAAUCUAAUGACGCAUUGGCAUGGAAAUAUUGGUGUGGAUGGCAGGUCGUGAUUUACUCUCUCCCUUGGAUGAGCCGUGUUUAG